UGGGCUGAGAAACACGAUGGAUUAUGAAAAUGAUGGAUAUUUUCUCAGGAAACAGGAUUCUCUGGACUUUUCUUCUCUUCCUGUGCUGUUUACUGUGUGCAGCUGGAGACAAGACGGUCACACUGCAGGAAGUGGAAGGAACCACUAUAACUCUCCAUACUGGGAUAACUGGAAUUCAGAGUGAUGCUCAGAUUCAGUGGUUUUAUGGACCUGAGAAAGCAGAGGAAAUUAUAUUGAUUAGGCAGGUGUUUAAAGGAGAAACUGUUACAGAAAUCAGUGAGAGAUUUAAAGAGCGACUGCAGCUGGACAGAAUCAGUGGAGCUUUAACCAUCAGGAACAUCAGCAGAAACCAUUCUGGAGUUUAUUUAUUACAAGUUCUCACUGGACGCAUCUCAUCUAGGACUUUCAGUGUCAGAGUUUAUGCUCCAGUAUUGACUCCAGUAAUAAUAAAAAGAGAAAGUCGAAGUGUGGUUUCCACAGAGGCGUGUUCCCCCCUGUGCACUGUGGAGAAUGGAGAAGAUGUGAAGUUAUCCUGGUACAGAGAGAACGAGAGAAUCUCCAUCACCAAUAACACAGAUCUCAGUGUUCCCCUCAAUCUCCCACUUCAAAUACAACACCAUGAUAAUAACACCAACACUUAUAUCUGUGUGUCUGCAAACCCUGUCAGUAAUAAAUCAUCUUCUCUCAACAUCACACAGCUCUGUGAUCAUCUACACCAUCAUCUCUCAGAACAAAAUGAACGUUCCUACAUACUGCUUCCUGUCCUGAUACCUGCUGGAGUUGUGGUGCUAUUAAUAUUAGUAUUGCUGUAUAUCUGGAGAAAAAAGGAAAAGCAACAAGUUUCUGAAAGAACUGAAGACUUGAUGUAUUCUGAUGUGAAAAUCAUCACAGAAAGAUUUAACAAGGAAGAAAAACCCAGAACGACGCGUGGUGAAGAGAAUCAGACUGUGGUGUAUUCAGAGGUGAUGAGAUCCACAUAACUGAAUAUAUCAAUAUAUAAUAUUUUUGACUAUAUUGUUAUUAUAAACAUUAUUAUUAUUAUUAUUAUUAUGUUGUUCAUAAUUGUUCACUGUAUGUGUUACCUAACACAUUUACAUGUGUUUAACAUGUGAUUAUGUAAAAUAACUAUUUAAAGGUUAGUUUUUUAUGACAGUAUUUGGUAAUGUAUAGCAAUAUUUCAGAUGAAUGGAUUUGAUGGGAUUACAGAAAGUAGAUUUCAGAGCCUGUUCAGAGUCGAUUUUCCUGACUGAACUAUUUCUGCCGGUUAAAUUUCUGUUUGUCUCGUCACGCCACUAACGUAUUUUCAAACAGAUUAAUCCCAUUGAACUGAGCUGUGCUGAGAAAUCCUGUAGGGGUUAGGGCGUGUCUUCAGGCACUAGUGUUUAAUAUCAGUUUAAUAUUUGCAUUUGCUCAUUAUACAGUAUAAUCCUGAAUAUCAAAAGAACAAAAACAAGCAUCACAAACGACAAGCUCAUCAAAAAUUCUCUAGAGUAUUUACUGGAACACAUCAGUUUAUUUUAAGCGAAUGAGCAGCUUCAGUUUUGCAGCUGCUUCUCAGUGUUUACGCUUCUCACAUUACAACCGUAUUGUUCAGAUCAGAUACAGGAUACACAGCUCUGUGUUAGAGGUGUGUGUGGGAGUGGAUCUCUCUCACCAUCCCAGAAUUCAGACUCCGUCUACUCGCACUGACCAG